AUGAAUGUGACUUGUGGGCUGAGAAAUUUGAGUAGCUUUGGCUUGAUGUGUCCAUUCGUCAACUGCGGCCCCCUGCUGCCCUCACUCUUCCUCACACAUACACGCACAGGCCGCCACUUGCAAACACUCAUUCGAGCUCGUUGGAACACCGAAGGCCAAUCCUGUUUGUCAGGUCAACUAAGGUCGAAGCACUCUCAUUCGUUGUUGAUGGCCGUCGAGGUCAGCGGAGGACUCAGAUUCGGCGAGAAUGCUUGUUGA